AUGCUGUUACCGUCCGGCGCGCUCCUGCUGCUGGCGGCUUUCUGCUCCAACUUAGACCUGACACGGGCUGAGGGUUGUGGAACGUCAUGUGGAAAAUGCGACUGCAGCGGUGUCAAAGGAGCGAAGGGUGAGCGUGGAUUUCCUGGUCUUCAAGGUAACAUGGGAUUCCCAGGGAUGCAGGGACACGAGGGGCCACCAGGGCCAAUGGGCCCCAAGGGAGAUUUUGGUGCACAUGGAGCUCCUGGGCUGAAAGGAGUGCGAGGCCCUCCUGGUCUGCCAGGCAUGCCAGGAAACCCAGGACUACCCGGCAUCAAUGGAAACGAUGGUCCACCUGGUUCGCCUGGUAUCCCAGGAUGCAAUGGGACAAAAGGGGAUAGAGGACGUGAUGGUUCUUCUGGUUUUCCUGGACUUCAAGGCCCUCCUGGCAUCCCGGGAUCUCCUGGAAUGAAGGGAGACCCUGGUGGUGUGAUUGGGAUUGUUCCUUUGAAAGGAGAACAAGGAUUUCCUGGCACACCUGGAUUACCUGGAUCACCUGGUCUUAACGGACCUACUGGACCACCAGGACCUCGAGGGUAUCAGGGACUUAAAGGUGACGCCGGACCCCCCGGCCCUCCAGGAGAAAAAGGAGACCGCUUGUCUUUUGUGGGUGAAAAAGGAGAAAAGGGAGAUCCAGGACUCAGAGGUCCUCCUGGUCCCCCUGGACGUCCUGAGGAAGUGGGAGGAACGACCACGGUGUUCAUACCUGGACCACCGGGGUUCCCAGGAGUUAAAGGAGAAAGAGGAGACAAAGGAUUUUGCCUGCCUUAUCAGCUUGGGGUCAAAGGUGAACCUGGGCCACCGGGACCACGUGGUAAACCUGGAAAAGAUGGAGAUAAUGGGCUGAAGGGGGAGAAAGGCUUUGCAGGAGCUCCUGGAUUCCCCGGUUCAACGGGAGUAAAAGGAGACCGAGGACCACCUGGUAAUGGUGGUGGUCCACCUGGCUUUCCUGGCCCGCCCGGCCCCGCAGGUUCAUCAGGAGAAAAAGGUUUUCCAGGUCCUCAAGGAGAGCCUGGUCCACCAGGUCAACAUUUUGAAGGUCCUCGAGGAGAGAAAGGUCAGAAGGGAGAAGUGGGUGUGAAGGGCGACAGGGGCAUAGAAGGACAGUCUUUUCCUGGACCACCAGGGAAACAAGGACCAGUUGGACCCCCUGGGCCACCCGGACCACCAAUUGACCUAGAGGAGUGUAACAUUGGAAAAGGAGACCCUGGCCCACCUGGACCUCCAGGGUUAACAGGAGAAGUAGGACACAAAGGUGAUAAAGGAGACGCCUGCCUUAGCUGUGAGGGUACUGGUCCACCUGGACCAGAGGGUGUCAAAGGAGAGCAAGGACCUCCAGGUCCGGGUGGUUUUAAAGGAGAAAAGGGUCGUCCUGGCUUCCCUGGAGAACCUGGAACUCCUGGCUCUGCAGGAAGUCCUGGACUGAUGGGAGCCCCUGGUGCUGUUGGUGAACCAGGAGACAUUUACAUAGCACCAGGUUUUAAAGGGGAAAAAGGUCUUCCUGGUCAUCCUGGUUUACAGGGGCAGCCAGGUCAGGAUGGACUUCAAGGAAGAGAUGGCCUCCAGGGUCUACAGGGUCCCAAAGGAGAACCAGCCAAAGAGGGUAUCAAAGGUGAGCGUGGACCUGAUGGGGACCCUGGUCUUAUCGGACCCCCAGGAGAAAGGGGUCCUCCAGGGUUACCAGGAUACGCCCGACCAGGAGAGCCUGGAGAGAAGGGGAGUCAGGGAAGACCAGGAGUGCAUGGAUCUCCUGGACCACCUGGUGCAAAAGGUGAUCCAGGUGUUGGGGUUAGUACUCCUGGACCUCAGGGGGCACCUGGGCCACGUGGAGAAACUGGUCUACCUGGACUUCAAGGUGACAGAGGUCCUCCAGGAGAUUCAGGGUUACCAGGUUUUCCUGGAGAAAAGGGUGAUCAUGGACUACCGGGCAUUGGAUUUCCUGGUCCAGCAGGUCCUAAAGGUAUCAGUGGAAUUCCAGGAACCACAGGAUUACCUGGAGAGCCUGGAAAACCAGGACAGGAUGGCUCGCCUGGAAAGCCUGGGCCCCCUGGACAGAAAGGUGAACCUGGACGAGGUCUUCCAGGUCCAAAAGGUGUACAGGGCUACACAGGAGUUACAGGUUUCUCGGGGGAGAAGGGUAAUGUUGGAUUUCCAGGUGUUCCUGGACGUGAAGGACAGACAGGACCUCCAGGACCUCAAGGUCUUAAAGGGGAAGUUGGACCUCCGGGACUUUCUGGACCAGCUGGCCCACCAGGACCUCCCGGAAAAGGUUUACCUGGACCUCCUGGACCACAUGGACCACGUGGAGAGCCUGGACCUUUUGGCGUUGAAGGUAUAAAGGGAGAUAAGGGUUACCCUGGUCCUCCCGGUCUUGAUAUGCCAGGCCCUCAAGGAGAGAAAGGAAGUCCUGGGCUCCCAGGAAUCCAAGGUUCUAAAGGACUCCCAGGGCCACCAGGAUUACAAGGCAUAGAUGGACCAACUGGGAACCAAGGUUCAAAAGGUGAAAUGGGGAUCAUGGGAACACCAGGAACCCCAGGAUUUCCUGGGCAACCAGGGAUACCUGGAUCUCCUGGUUCGAGAGGUGAUCCUGGUUUUACUGGAUCAAGAGGAGAUAUUGGAGAUCCUGGACUUAAAGGUGACAGGGGAGAUAAAGGUCUUCCAGGACCUCCUGGGAACUUGACCAAGGUUGAAAUGGAGCACUUGAAGGGCCAAAAGGGAGACAUUGGAGACCCAGGCCACCCUGGUGUCACUGGAGAAAGGGGCUAUGAAGGAUCCCAAGGAGACCCUGGAAUGCCUGGCAAAGACGGGGCUCCUGGAUUACCUGGACAUCAAGGUGAUAAAGGAGAUCCUGGUUUUCCUGGAGAGCCUGGCGUGACAGGAGCACCGGGUCCCAAAGGCACUGUGGGCGAGAUGGGAAUACCAGGUCCAAUUGGUCCAAAGGGUACUAAAGGAAGUAUUGGUACACCGGGUCAUACGGGAUUCCGAGGCACAGAUGGUGAAAAGGGAGACCCGGGAGUACCUGGUGAGCCAGGUAUUGGUCUUCCUGGGCAUCCAGGAGAACAGGGUCAGACUGGCCAGCCAGGGUUUCCAGGACCACGUGGGGAUAAAGGUGAGAAGGGUCAAGAGGGAAUGCCUGGGAAACCUGGACUGCAAGGAGCCAAAGGAGAUCAUGGGAGCACCGGGUACCCAGGUCAGCCUGGUAGACCAGGAGAUAAGGGUAUCACUGGACUCCCUGGGUCUGCAGGAGACCCAGGUCGUGAUGGCCGUCCUGGUGAAGGUGGUCUACAAGGGCCUCCUGGUGUUAGGGGAGAGAAGGGGGAGCCUGGAGAGGAUGGCAUCCCUGGAUCCACCGGGGAGAGAGGAGACCCAGGUCUACCUGGUGUAGGUUUGCCUGGACCACCUGGAACUCUUGGUGUCAAAGGUGACAAAGGUGGUGCAGGUGUACCUGGCAUGCCAGGUCAUCCAGGUAUCCCUGGCCUCAGAGGAGACAAAGGACUUCCAGGCCCACUGGGACCCCAGGGAGAACCAGGAGAGCCAGGUCCUCCAGGCAUCUCUGUAGAAGGCCCCAAAGGAGAGAGGGGAGAAACAGGAGCAGUUGGUGAAACAGGAUCCUCGGGAGCACCAGGACCUGCUGGUGUGCCAGGCAGAGAUGGACAAAAAGGAGAGACUGGUGCUCCAGGUUUACCUGGUUACCAGGGAGAGUCAGGACACAAGGGAGACCCUGGAACUCCUGGACUUCCUGGUCCAACUGGACUCCCUGGUAUUGACGGUCAGAAGGGAGAACGAGGAUUACAGGGUGUUCCAGGCUUCCCAGGUACCAAGGGUUCUGUUGGGGAUGCUGGAUUCAAAGGAGAAGGAGGUGACCGAGGAUUCCCUGGAGAAAAAGGUAAUGAAGGUCUUCCUGGCCCCCCUGGCCCCCAGACCUUCAUCAAAGGAGACAUUGGUUUCCCAGGAAAUCCAGGAUUGCCUGGUCCCCAGGGCCCAUCUGGGUUUCUUGGGCAAAAAGGGCAGCAAGGUUUGACGGGUAUUCCAGGUCCAAAAGGUGAUGAUGGGCUCCCUGGGUUUAACGGUCAGUCAGGAGCAAAAGGAGAGCCUGGUCUGCCGGGGCCACAAGGACCCAGAGGGCAUCCUGGCCCUCCAGGACCCGAUGGUGUUCCAGGUCAAGUGGGUCCACCUGGCCCAUCCUCCAUGUAUCAUGGCUUCCUGGUGACUCGUCACAGCCAAGCAGUGGACAUUCCAUUAUGUCCUUAUGGGACUAGGCUGAUAUACGACGGCUACUCUUUACUUUAUGUGCAAGGCAAUGAACGCUCCCAUGGACAAGACUUGGGUACGGCAGGCAGCUGUCUAAAAAAGUUCAGCCCUAUGCCCUUCCUGUUCUGCAAUAUCAACAACGUUUGCAACUUUGCCUCUCGUAAUGAUUAUUCCUACUGGCUCACCUCACCCGAGCCCAUGCCCAUGAGCAUGGCACCUAUUACCGGGGACAGCAUCAAACCCUUUAUAAGCAGAUGUGUUGUGUGUGAAGCUCCAGCCAUGGUGAUAGCUGUUCACAGUCAGACCAUCAUGAUCCCACCAUGCCCUGAAGACUGGGACUCUCUGUGGAUUGGUUACUCCUUCGUUAUGCACACCAGUGCAGGUGCUGAGGGUUCGGGCCAGGCCUUGGCCUCUCCUGGAUCCUGUUUGGAGGAGUUCCGUAGCGCUCCGUUCAUCGAGUGUCAUGGUCGAGGAACCUGCAACUACUACGCCAACUCCUACAGCUUCUGGCUCGCUACCAUCGAAGACAGUGACAUGUUUAGGAAACCUGUCCCAACAACUCUAAAAGCAGGCAAUCUCCAAACCCACAUAAGCCGCUGUCAGGUGUGCAUGAAGAGGACAUAAACCCAACGUCAGCGUCUUAAAAAAACUCAGCUUUACUUCCUGUUUAAAUGGUGCUACUUCCUCGCCUGGCAUGUGUGAACGAAGAGGAACAGCCGGAGAUUGAACUUUACAAACCAAAACACAGAGACCAAAAAGCCAUUUUGCUCCAAGCUGAAACACGAUCACACGUUUCUGAAGAAUGGCUCCCAGUUUACCACUGCACUGAGUUCAAGCCCCUGAAACUGGUUCACUGGUGGUCAUUUUCCAAGGGCUGUUUGUGGAGGUCAGGUGCUAUUGAAUUUGAAUUGUCUGCCUUUGCUUUCUGUUAACUUUCCCUUUUGUUACAAUCCCGCACAUUUAACUACACCUUGAAAAUAUUCACACCUAGUACUUUGUUUAAAUCUACUAAUGAACAGGAUGGGACUUACCACUGGUUUCACACACCAUUUCACAAACAUGUU